CCUCCCUUCCCCAAAAUUCGACUUGCAUGCCGGGAGCUGUCAGCCGGGCAGUGAGCGGUGCCCCUCGGAGCAGGUGAUGGUUUCUGCUGAGCACCGAGCUGGUCUCUAGUGGGACGUGGUGGGAGAAUGAACACAGAGGAAUUGGAACUACUGAGUGACUCCAAAUAUAGAAACUAUGUGGCAGCGGUCGAUAAAGCGUUAAAGAACUUUGAGUAUUCCAGUGAAUGGGCUGAUUUAAUAUCUGCACUUGGGAAACUAAACAAGGUAUUACAAAACAAUGCAAAGUAUCAAGUUGUUCCCAAAAAGUUAACCAUAGGUAAAAGAUUGGCACAAUGCCUUCACCCAGCAUUACCUGGUGGGGUUCACAGGAAAGCACUGGAAACUUACGAAAUAAUUUUCAAAAUUAUUGGACCAAAGCGCCUGGCCAAAGACCUGUUCCUGUACAGCUCUGGCCUUUUUCCUCUACUUACAAACGCUGCUAUGUCUGUAAAACCAGCAUUACUUAGCCUGUAUGAGACCUAUUACCUACCUCUAGGUAAGACCUUAAAACCAGGACUGCAAGGAUUGCUUACCGGCAUUCUUCCUGGCUUGGAGGAGGGCUCAGAAUAUUACGACAGAACAAACACACUCCUGGAGAAGGUGGCAUCAGUAGUGGAACAGUCUGCUUUCUACAGUGCCCUUUGGGGCAGUCUCCUCACCAGCCCUGCCGUGCGUUUACCUGGUAUCACCUACGUGCUGGCACAUCUAAACAGGAAGCUUUCAAUGGAGGACCAGCUUUAUAUCAUUGGAAGUGACAUUGAAUUAAUGGUGGAAGCUGUAAGCACGUCUGUCCAGGAUUCCAGCGUACUGGUACAGAGAAGUACACUAGACCUUAUCCUGUUCUGCUUCCCAUUCCACAUGAGUCAGGCAACUCGUCCUGACAUGAUCCGUAUUCUGUCAGCAGCGCUUCGCGUAGUAUUGCGCAGAGACAUGUCACUGAAUCGAAGGCUCUAUGCAUGGCUUCUGGGCUUUGAUAACAAUGGGGCUGUGGUAGGACCAAGAAGCACACGGCAAAGCAAUCCAGAGGAGCAUGCCACUUACUAUUUCAAUACUUUCUCCAAGGACCUGUUGGUGCAGGCCAUGGUGGGGAUUCUACAAGGAAAGGAACUCAACCGAGAGAGUGCACCGGUGCAAGACUUAAAGCCAUUCCGUAUUCUUAUAAGUCUACUAGACAAGCCUGAACUAGGCCCUGCGAUCUUGGAAGAUGUAUUGAUAGAAGUGUUUAGGACGUUAUAUACACAGUGCAAAGCUGAACUUGAUAUUCAAACACAAGCACCUUUUAGUAAGGAUCCAGCUCAGCUUAGCAGUAAACUGAGGGAAAACAAGAGAACAGCAGAGCUCAUUAAAACUGCCAACCUUUUGUUCAAUUCCUUCGAGCCUUACUACAUGUGGGAUUACAUCGCUCGCUGGUUUGAAGAAUGCUGUAGGCGGACACUUCAUGCCAGACUUAAUUUACAAGCUUGUGAUGGCAGCAAGACAUCUCAGUUACCUCUUAUCAAUUUCUGCUUAUUAGUUGAUUUUUUAUUGGAUAUUGUGUCUUUACCUACUAGAAGUAUGAGAGUGAUAUGCCAGGAGACAUACAUAGAAAUCCAGACAGAACAUCUGCCCCAGUUGCUCCUGAGAAUGAUCUCCGCUCUAACAAGCCAUCUGCAGUCUCUGGACUUGAAGGAACUGGUAGAUUCUCUGCGGCUUUGUUCCAAGAUUCUCAGCAAGGUUCAGCCCCCACUUCUGUCUGCCAGUUCUGAUGGCUCUGUACAUUUUCCAGGUGCACAGAUUGGCUCCUUCAAAGAAAGGGAUGACAGGAAGCUCUCCCCAGUUACCUCUGAAAAUCCAGGUGAUGUUUUUGAUGAUGGAGAGAACCCUCCAAGCAGUCGGUCUUCAGAGAGCGGCUUCACGGAUUUUGUCCAGUACCAAGCUGACGGAGCCGAUGACAUUGACAGAGUGCUGAGUGAGGGUCAGGGUGCAGCAGGACUGCCCUUAGGUAGCACUUCUUCAGAAACUGAAACCGCAUCUACUGUGGGCUCUGAAGAAACUGUUAUACAACCUUCCUUUACCAGCCCCCAGGGGGCAGCAUCUCACAGUAUUAAAGCAGCACAGAAAACAGCAAUGCAAUGCUGCUUAGAUUAUUUCCAGCAGUUCUUGACAAGACUUAUCACUCUGUACAUUUCACCUAGAGGCUCAGUAUCCCAUGCACUUGCAAAUGAACUUAAGGAAGACAUUGAUGGGUGUCAAGCACACAGCACUAAAUGGGAAGAUACCACUUCUGAUAACACUAAGGAAAAAAAAGUGAUUAAGCAGCACUCACCAAAUGAAUACCGACCUGCCUUUAUUGCUGCUUGCCAGCUGUUUCUUGAAUGUUCUAGCUUCCCUGUUUACAUUGCAGAAGGCAGCCAGGCCUCAGAGAUCCACAACAACAAGGCCGAUAUGGACUGUGAGCAAGUGCAGCCACCCACCUGGCUUCAGACACUCAUGAAUGCCUGCAGUUCAGCCGUGGACUUCAGCAUCCAGAGCGUGGCUAUUUCACUUGUUAUGGACCUUGUUGGCCUGACACAAUCUGUUGCAGUGGUUACUGCUGAAAACACGGGUAAUUUGGAAUCUUCACAGCCUUUAAGUCCCAACCAAGGGCGUGUAUCUGUUGUUAUCCGACCACCACUUACUGAAGGAAACUUGAGAUUCAUGGCUGAGAAAACGGAUUUCUUCAAGCAUGUGGCUAUGACACUGUGGGAGCAGUUGGGAGAAAAGACCCCGCAGCAUCAUCAGAGAAGUGUGGAAUUGUUCUACCAGCUGCAUAACCUCGUCCCCUCGUCCAGUAUAUGUGAGGAUGUCAUAAGUCAGCAGCUCACACACAAGGACAAGAAAUUAAGAAUGGAGGCUCAUGGGAGAUUUGCAGUUCUUUGGCAUCUGACCAGAGAUCUUCACAUUAACAAGUCUUCUUCCUAUGGUCGUACUUUUGACAGAUCGUUGUUUAUCAUGCUUGACAGUCUAAAUAGCAUGGAUGGUGGAACUUCAUCAGUUGGCCGAGCUUGGUUAAAUCAGGUUUUACAGAGACAUGAUAUUGCAAGAGUUCUAGAACCUCUCAUUCUAUUACUUCUCCACCCAAAAACUCAGCGAGUGUCUGUACAGCGAGUGCAAGCUGAGAGACACUGGAGUAAAUCUCUUCGAUAUUUUGAAGACACAAGAAAGUUGUUUUUAAAAACAAGCAGUGAUGCAUUUCCAAGCACCCAACCAAGUACUGGUCAGACUGUAAGCAAACAAGUUGGAAUAGAUGAUAUGGAGAACUUCAGCCUCACAGUUAACCCUCUUAGUGAUCGGCUUUCCCUUUUGAGCACCAGCAGUGAAACUAUUCCAAUGGGAGUUUCUGAUUUUGAGCUACCUGAUCAACAAAUUGAGAUCCUUCAGAGCUCAGACUCUGGCUGUUCUCAAUCUUCAACUGGAGAUAGCCUUAACUACGAAGUUGAUGCAGAGAGUUUUACGGCUCAAGAUAAUGUCCAAGACUCUAGAGAAGAUUCUCCCGAUGAGAUAGUCCAACAAGUAAUUUCUGAUUUGAUAUGGAAAGUCCUUCAAGAACUUGGAGAAGAUACUGAAUCAAAUUAUCAUGAGGACUCGACAACCAAGAUAAAUAUAUAUAGCGCUUCGGUGGAUGAGGCAAAUGGUGAGGAAGAAGUCGUCAUCCCUGAAAAUGAGAAUGGUCAUCUAGUCCGUGAUCCUUCCAACUUCUUGCCUUUGUCUGCAGAAACCGGCAUUGAAAGUCUAGCAAAUGCAAUAUCGAGAAACCUCUCAUCUCCUUCAAUAAUUAGCCAGCAAAACACAGCAGAAUUUACCUUGUCUUUAGCAGAAGCACAGCCAAGAAAGAGAAGCCACAGCAGUAUUCAAUUCCAUUUUAAAGGUAAGGUGACAGGAAAGGACUCUGCUUUCAAAGAUGUAAGCAAACAACCAGGAGCAAAGCCCAAAGUUAAAAUUACAAGAAGAAAAGAUGAGGACAAGAAAAGAACACAGAAUGAAAAGCUAAAGCAGGCCAGUGUUUUCUUCAGUGAUGGGUUAGAUUUAGAGAACUGGUACAGUUGUGGAGAAGGAGAAAUUUCAGAAAUUGAGAGUGACGUGGGUUCUCCUGGCAAUCCGAAAUCUCCUCAUAUCAAUAUCCACCCUCUUUACCAGCAUGUGCUUUUGUAUCUACAACUUUACGACUCCUCUCGGACUUUGUAUGUAUUUUCAGCCAUUAAAGCCAUAUUAAAAACCAGUCCCACGGUAUUUGUAAAUGCAAUCUCUACCACCAGCGUUAGCAACGCAUACACUCCCCAGCUAUCUUUGCUGCAAAAUCUUUUGGCACGGCAUCGGAUCUCUGUUAUGGGGAAGGAUUUUUAUAGCAAUAUUCCCUUGGACUCGAACCACAAUUUCCGUAGUUCUAUGUAUAUCGAAAUACUUAUAUCUUUAUGUCUAUAUUAUAUGAGAAGCCACUAUCCGACUCAUGUUAAAGUAACACAGCAAGAUCUUAUGGGCAAUCGGAAUAUGCAAAUGAUGAGUAUUGAAAUUCUCACUCUACUUUUUACAGAGCUGGCAAAAGUCAUAGAAAGUUCUGCUAAGGGCUUUGCUAGCUUCAUAUCUGAUAUGUUAUCAAAGUGCAAAGUUCAGAAAGUGAUUCUUCACUGUCUCCUGUCAUCAAUUUUCAGUGCACAGAAAUGGCACAGUGAAAGAGUGGCAGAUAAGAACAUAGUUGCCAUAGAAGAAGGCUUUUCUGAAGAUAGCCUCAUUAACUUUUCUGAGGAUGAGUUUGAUAAUGGAAGCACCUUGCAGUCUCAGCUCUUGAAAGUUCUUCAGGGUCUGAUAGUACUGGAACACCGUGUAUUGACUGUCCCUGAAGACAGUGAAGCAGGUUUUGAUUUUGUCAUCGCCGACUUAGAACACAUGAACCCUCAGCAACCAAUGACAUCCCUCCAAUAUCUACACUCUCAGCCAAUCACAUGCCAAGGAAUGUUCCUAUGUGCGGUCAUUAGAGCUUUGCACCAGCAUUACACUUGUAAAAUGCAUCCUCAGUGGAUUGGCCUUAUCACAUCUACCUUGCCUUAUAUGGGGAAAGUCCUUCAGAAAGUUGUUGUUUCCGUUACAUUACAACUUUGCCGAAAUUUGGAUAACUUAAUUCAGCAAUACAAAUAUGAAACUGGAUUAUCCGACAAUAGGCCCCUAUGGAUGGCAUCCUUUAUCCCACCGGACAUGAUUCUAACACUGUUAGAAGGCAUUACAACAAUAAUUCACUAUUGCUUGCUGGAUACUUCAUCUCAAUACCACCAGCUUAUGGUAAACAUAGAUCAGAAGCACUUACUUGAAGCCCGUACAGGAAUCCUGUCAAUACUACAUUUGAUAAUGUCCUCUGUCACCCUUCUCUGGAGUGUCCUGCAUCAAGCUGACUCUUCAGAAAAAAACUUCACCGCUGCUGCUGCUUCUGUUACUACAAUAAACCUUGGAUCAACAAAGAACUUAAGACAGCAGAUUUUGGAGCUCCUGGGCCCUAUCUCCAUGAACCAUGGCGUCCAUUUUAUGGCAGCUAUUGCGUUUGUAUGGAAUGAGAGAAGAAGUAGCAAACACUCUGCACGCACAAAGGUUAUCCCAGCAGCCAGUGACGAGCAGCUUUUGCUGGUAGAAUUAGUUCGCUCUAUUAGCGUGAUGAGGACAGAAACGGUAAUACAGACCGUGAAAGAGGUAUUGAAGCAGCCACCUGCCAUAGCCAAGGACAAGAAGCACCUUUCCCUUGAAGUGUGCAUGUUACAGUUCUUUUAUGCGUAUGUUCAGCGGGUUCCGGUGUCCAAUCUCGUAGAUAGCUGGGGAUCACUACUUGUCCUACUGAAAGACUCAAACCAGCUCAAUCUUCCAGCACCAGGACAGUUCUUAUUACUAGGUGUUCUCAAUGAGUUUAUCAUGAACAACCCUACUUUGGAAAACAAGAAGGACCAGAGGGAUCUCCAGGAUGUCACUCAUAAGAUAGUUGAUUCCAUUGGCGCAGUUGCAGGUUCAUCCUUGGAACAGACUACAUGGUUGAGGAGAAAUCUAGAAGUCAAACCGUCCCCCAAAUUAACUGUAGAUGGGCAAAUACAAGAGUCCAAUGUUGAAGAUAUUAUGCUCGCUCCAGCCAUGGAAAUCUCCAAUAUUACUCCUUCAGUUUACAGUGUGCAUGCCUUGACACUGCUUGCCGAGGUUCUGGCCCAUUUGUUGGACAUGGUGUUCUACAGUGAUGAGAAGGAGAGAGUUAUCCCUUUAUUGGUGAAUAUUAUGCACUAUGUAGUCCCCUAUCUUCGUAACCACAGUGCCCAUAAUGCACCUAGCUACCGUGCCUGUGUGCAGUUACUGAGCAGUCUCAGUGGCUACCAGUAUACACGGCGGACGUGGAAGAAGGAAGCAUUUGACCUGUUUAUGGAUCACAACUUCUUUCAGAUGGAUGCCUCCUGUGUUAGUCACUGGAGAUCUAUUAUGGAUCAUCUCAUGACACAUGACAAAACCACGUUUCGGGAUCUGAUGACACGAGUAGCUGUGGCACAGAGUAGUUCUCUCAAUCUGUUUACUAACCGUGAUGCGGAGCUGGAGCAGCGAGCCAUGCUUCUGAAGAGACUGGCCUUUGCCAUAUUCAGCAGUGAGAUUGACCAAUACCAGAAGUUUCUACCAGACAUUCAAGAACGAUUAGUGGAGAGCCUACGUUUGCCACAGGUGCCCACUUUACACUCUCAAGUGUUCCUGUUUUUUCGAGUAUUGCUUCUAAGAAUGUCUCCUCAGCACCUCACUUCCCUGUGGCCCACCAUGAUCACUGAGCUGGUGCAAGUGUUUUUGCUGAUGGAACAGGAGCUCACUGCUGAUGAAGAUAUUACACGGAUAUCGGCACCAUCUGUGGCUGGCUUGGAGACAACAUACAGUGGGGGCAAUGGUUUCUCCACAUCGUACAACAGCCAACGCUGGCUAAACCUCUACCUGUCUGCUUGCAAAUUUCUAGACUUGGCUCUAGCAUUGCCUUCCGAGAACCUUCCUCAGUUUCAAAUGUACCGCUGGGCAUUUAUUCCAGAAGCAUCUGAUGAUUCAGGCCUAGAGGUUCGAAGGCAAGGCACGCAUCAGAGGGAAUUCAAACCAUAUGUGGUGCGACUUGCAAAAUUACUAAGGAAAAGAGCCAAGAAAAACCCAGAAGAGGACACUUCGUGUAAAACCCUAGACUGGGACCCAGGACAUCUCUUGCUUACCAUCUCAACCAUUCGUAGCAUGGAGCAACUCCUGCCUUUUUUUAAUGUACUGAGUCACGUCUUCAACAGCAAGGUCACCAGUAGAUGUGUUGGGGAUGUGGGAAGCCCAAUAUUAUACCCAAACUCAUUACCUAACAAGGACAUCAAAUUGGAGAAUCAGAAAGUGUUUUCCAGCAAAGCACGACAGAAAAUUGAAGAAAUGCUGGAAAGAGAUUUCCUCGAAGGGGUUUUAAAAAGUUGACCAACUUAAAGGGAUAAUGCCACUAUUCACUCCUUAUUUAACACAUAUACCGUUCAGUUGUAUAGGGAUUUUUUUUUCUACUUUGUACUGUAACAGACAUAUUUUACAUCUGGAUCGACUGUAUUUAAUUUAAAUAUUUUUAUCUGUAAAUAAAACAAGAACUCUGGAUGUAUCAUAAAUAAUGCUUAAAUGUCUCUUAAUGAAUGUGAAGCUUAAGUUAUCUGUCCCAUGUUGUUGUCAGCUGUAAAUCUGAAAAAGCAAAAUAGAGUUGAUUUUUUUUCCUCUUUUUUUUGUCAGCCUUUAAUUAUUUGACCAUCUUUUACCUUAUUGUUAAUAACAAUCUUAAAAUUGUUCACUGAUAUUCAUCCUAUCUGCUACAUAGAUUGAUGUCAAGAAAAGAUGUAUCUGUGUGAAAUGCUCAUACCAAGGAAGGGAAUACUCACAAGGGUGAACAACCACAUAAUCAAAUCAGCCACUGGCUCAGCGACUUUUCUACCCAAUUUUAAAAUAUAAGAUCCAUUGGAGCUGUAUUUCCGUUCAUCAAACAUUCAUAAAACAUGUUU